AUAUCGGGAGGCAUGAACCUAGCCUGGAGUUGUGGCUUUUACGCGGUUCAAGGUUUCAUAGUAAAUACACACCUAAUGAUUUGCUGGUAUAUUGCGGUAAUUAUUGGCGCUUUAGUUUCGGGAUUCGUUACACAUCGCAUGGAAAGAAAACCAAUAUACUUGUUUUCCUCCUUCUUAAUUCUGGUUGGUGGCAUACUUUUUGUGUCUCUACCUCACAAAUAUGGCGCUAUUUCGGCAGCUCGCUACUUGAAUGGUUUCGCUAUGGGUCUCGUAGUCGUACCAACUUUGGUUCUAAUUGGCGAAGAAGUGGAUAGCAGUAAACGUGGCAUGGCUGCUGCAUUGCUUGAGAUGGGCAGCUUUACAAUUGGUAUAUUCUUGCAAAUUUGUUGCAUAUUCGCAUACAGCAAUAGCGGUGCUAUACCCAGCUUUCAGUACAAAUUUGGUUCGACAGAGCUGCAUGGCAUCUUUGUUAUUGGUUUUGCCGUAAUAACUUUUCUACUUUCAUACUUUUUGGUCAUCGAAUCACCCGUUUAUUAUCUGCUGCACAAUGAUGAGAACCAAGCCAUCGAUUGUUUGCGUCGUCUGCAACGGCCAUUUGUUGUGACACAGGAAACAUAUCAGCAACUGGAGGAGCAUAAACGUUAUAUCCAGGAUAAUAGCUAUAACAUUGAUCUAAUGUUACCAGCACUGUUGAAGAUGUGCUUAUACCGUGGCUUGGUUGCGCUCUCCUUUUCGCCGCUCAUCGUUCUAGCGUUACUGCUGUCAACUUUGUCAUAUGCUGGUGAUGAUACGUGGCCAUAUAUUCUCUUCGGUGUGUUUUUAUGGCUGGGCUCCUUCAUAGGCGCAUUCUUAAUGGACUACGUAGGACGCAAGAAAUUUAUGAUAAUUGGUGCCCUGAUUUGUGGUAGCAUGGCAAUUGGUGCUGGUGUUGUAUAUAACGACGUUAUAAACUUUUUGUAUUCAACUAAAAUGGGAAAGCUGUUAAUUCUACUCUUCGUGAUGGAAUUGUUUGCAGGCGUUUUCAGUAGUUCAUCUUCAGCUUAUCUAACGGAGGCAUUUCCACUGCAUCUUAAGACGUACUACAUUGCUUUAUCCUACACGGUGCAAAUGUUGGUGUUGAUCAUAAUUACCUCAUGCAGUUAUGAUCAGACCAGUUUGGGCGCAUACUUUAUUACAUUUGGCGUAUUUUACGUGGUAGCAUGUUUACUGGGUUUAUGGUGUAUGCCUGAAUAAAAUAAAACAUAGUAUUCCUUAACAGAAACUGUGAAAAUUAAUAUUUCAAUCGUUGCGCAACAUUUAAGAUAAAUCAACAAACUUUGGUAAACAUUUCAAGUACUUUAAGUAGGUAACUUACUCCAAACUUGCACUUUAUUAUACUAAAAUUUAUUAUACCAAGGAAACUGCCUAUCGAGGGCUUAUAUUCAAUACAACGCAAUUUUCAAAAAAAUCAGAUUGAUGCUGACCUUGAACAUCGCUUGUUAGAAUAAUUUGUUAUUAAAUUUCGUAAAUCAAAUUAACCUUAGGGAUGACAGUUAAGUCUCAGAUGGAUUCUAAUAUCAGCAAGUAGUUCUUGUGAAAAUUUCAGAUGUGUAGGUUGUAUUGAAUAUAAGAUGAUAUUCAAAAACUU